UGUAUCUAUGAGGGUCAAGCUGUGUGACCCCAAUGUGUAAUGUGAAUUAGAACAUUUAAAAAAGCACUAAAUCGUUGGCAAUGACUUUUUACAUUCAUUUUGUGUUUUAAUCACUUUCAGUAACGUUAAAAGUCAAAUCCCACUUUUAUUGAUUCACUUCCACCUUGAAUGUUUGAACACAGGUAAGGUCUUGAGCAAGUCACGUUGAACAGUCCCAGUUCCUCGCUUCCGGCCUUUUUACGUACGUCUUUUUUUUUUUUUAAUGUAAGACAGCUUGAAGUGUGUCCUACGUCAUCUCCUUUUUUUCCUUCACACUCUAAGUGCAUUCAGAGCUCAUGACCACAAAUUUACACACGACUUGACACUGAUCAUCGCCAGAGGAGAAGCUGAGGCGAACCAGACCCAAAAACAGAAGCUACAAUGAUUCUUUCUAACCACUCUAUUCAAUCCAUAUUCUGCUGCUGCUGUUCAUUGCAAACUAGAGAGAUCACAACUCAGAUGAACCUGGACGGGGCUACAGGGGAACAGAACUCAUCUUGCCACCAUGUACCCAAAUGCCCUGAUCGAAUCUGUAGGUCAGACAGAUCAAGGAGGAAGCCACCACCCCCGCCCCCACCAGAUGAUAAGGAGCAAAGGAUUCGCGUAGUUGCACUGUACGACUUUAUAGCCAGAGAAAAGACAGACUUGACAUUACGGCGAGGCGAGGAAUACACCAUCAUCCACAAACAAGACCAGCUGUGGUGGAAAGCUGAGGACAGCCUUGGGAAUACAGGCUUCAUUCCAAGCAAUUAUGUCGCAGAAAAGGACAAGAUUGAGGCAUAUGAAUGGUACUGCAAGAACAUAACCAGAUCACAGGCUGAACAGCUUCUGCGGCAGGAGGGGAAGGAGGGUGGAUUCAUAGUGAGGGAUUCAAGCCAGAAAGGUUGUUACACAGUUUCAGUAUUUACCAAAGCAUUAAGCUGGGAGGAAGGCGACAUCCGCCACUACCAAAUUAAGCACAAUGCCUUGGGGCAGUUCUUCUUGGCAGAAAAACAUGUCUUCAACUCCAUCCCAGAAGUCAUACGUUACCAUAAACACAACGCAGCAGGACUUAUCACUAGGCUACGGUACGCUGUUGGGAUUAUGGGUCAGUGCGUUCCAGCUACAGCCGGAUUCAGCUACGAAAAAUGGGAGAUCAACCCCUCGGAACUGUCCUUCAUGAAGGAACUAGGAAGAGGCCAGUUUGGAGUGGUAAGGCUCGGAAAGUGGAGGGCACUCUGUAAAGUGGCUAUCAAGACCAUCAGCGAGGGUGCCAUGUCGGAGGACGAUUUCGUUGAGGAGGCCAAAGUCAUGAUGAACCUGUGUCACCCAAAGCUGGUGCAGCUCUACGGGGUGUGCACAAAGCAGCGGCCCAUCUGUAUCGUCACUGAGUUCCUGGAGAAUGGCUGCCUGCUCAACUUUCUGCGCCUUCAGGCAGGAAAAAACAGCAAGGACUAUCUGCUAGCCAUGUGUCAGGAUGUGUGCGAAGGGAUGGAAUAUCUGGAGAGGAACAGCUUCAUCCACAGGGACCUGGCUGCCAGGAACUGUUUAGUUAGCGAGAAGAACGUGGUAAAAGUAUGUGACUUUGGCAUGACCAGGUACGUUCUCGAUAACCAGUAUACAAGCUCUACAGGUUCAAAGUUCCCAGUGAAAUGGUCUCCCCCAGAAGUGUUGCAUUUUAACAAAUACAGCAGCAAAUCAGAUGUGUGGUCAUUUGGGGUGCUGAUGUGGGAGGUUUUCACCGAGGGCAGAACUCCAUUUGAAAACAAGACAAAUCCCCAGGUGGUGGAGGAGGUCACCCAAGGUCAGCGCCUCUAUCGACCACACAAGGCCUCCCAUGAAGUCUACACGCUCAUGUACCGCUGCUGGCACGAGAGCCCUAAUGGACGACCAUCUUUCUCCGAACUAUUAGAAAGUAUUAAAGAACUUGCUGAGACGGAAUAAGACAGCAAGGACAGUAUCAAUCUGGGCAGCCUAACUGGUUGGCAUGGAGAUGGACUUUGCAGAAUACUUCCUUUCACUGUUUCAGCAUUUACUACGUUUUUGAUUGUCAGUUCACUGUCAGUGUUGCUUAACUUAUUUGUUUGUUUGUU